UGUAUUAUCGAGAAUCUUGAUUGGAUGACUUUUUAUUGCUCCCAUGACAAUCCUUUGUUUAACCACGCGUCUAUCAAAAUUUCAAACUCGUAAAUUCGGCAAAAGUGUUGAACGCACACCACAAGAAAAUGUCUUCAGGGAAAAGGAUCCUGUUAUUUUGGCAUCUUGUUGUAUCUAUCUACAUUUCGUGGUCCGAAGCAAACUUAGGGGUUGCCGUGAAUGAUCCAUGUUUCUCGAAUCCUUGUUGGAACGCGGGAACUUGUGUGACGAACGGCUCCAUGUUCACUUGUAGUUGUCCGCAAGGAUUUAGCGGGAAGAAAUGCGAAUUUCAUGUUACGCAUUGUGCAGUAAACCCGUGUGUUAACGGCAUUUGUAGACUAAGCAAAGAUGGGCUGCCUGAGUGCUUCUGUACUCCUGGAUUCACCGGAAAAUUCUGCGACAUAAACGAAGAUGAAUGUGCUUCGCUUCCUUGCAAGAAUGGCGCUCUGUGCGUUGACGAAGUGAACGGUUACAAGUGCGUGUGCAAAGGCGAUACCUAUGGCCGUCAUUGUGAAAUUCAUCAACGUGAUAUAAUGCAGUGUGUUGCACGAUGUGAUGAAGAACCUUGCUGGCGGAAUUACUCUGUUAUUGUACCAGUGAAGUGGGGAUAUGGCGACAGUAUCUGCAGCACAAGUCAUUCUUGUUUUGGUGGUGAAAAUGAUACCGAAGCUGACUUGUACGACACAUUUGUGGAAGUCCAGCUAAAGCCUUUGCAGAUUCAACUGGGUGACACGCUUAAUUUCACCGCUGACGAGGAAAUUGUGGCUUAUGUUGACGGAUUUGUGCCUCAUCACGUCGUUGCUGCAGACGGAUCUUCUGCUUUCCGAGCCUGUAAUGAAAGCAAUGGAAUUCCACUUGUAAAUAAACCGACUAAUAGUGUUGUUGUCGGUUUAGACAUCUUAACGCUUGGGACAAAAUAUUUUAUUGCGAAUAUGGACUCUACGUUUCGUUGCAACUUUGGUUUACGGCUAAAUGUCAGCGUAAAAGAAAGCAACUGCAAAGCCCUGUCCGAAAGCGACAUUUGUUCUGGCAGAGGACAAUGCUUUACAAACUUCAGUUUACCAGACUUCCGCUGCAAUUGUUGUGGUGGGUUUAGGGGUGAAUUCUGCGAAAAGGUCGACUACUGUUUUUCGAAACCUUGCAAAAAUAACGCUGUUUGUCAGAACAGGGAAAGUUCAAUAGAUGGUAGCACGCAUGUGUGUAUUUGUGAGCCUGGAUAUGAAGGACGGGAUUGCUCCGAAAUAAAAGAUCUCUGCUUAUCUUCUCCGUGUCUUAAUGGAGGAAGUUGUGUUUCAGAGGUGAAUAACUUCACAUGUCAUUGUGCGCGGGGAAUCAGUGGCAGGAACUGUGAAGUGGAUAUUAAUGAAUGUGCAUCCAGUCCUUGUGUUAAUGGUGGCACCUGUGUGGAUGGUGUUGGGUCAUUUUUAUGCCACUGCGCAGCAGGUUUCACAGGUUCUCACUGUGAAGUUGAUAUAGAUGAGUGUUUACCUUCCCCUUGUGUUCAUGGUACUUGUAUUGAUCAAGUAAACAGUUUUAAGUGCCACUGCUCACCAGGCUAUGCUGGUAUCAAAUGUGAUUACAACCUCAAGGAAUGCUUUUCCAACCCUUGCUACAAUGGAGGAAGUUGUGUCGAUGAAGUGAAUGGCUUCAGAUGUGAUUGUGGACCAGGAUACAAAGGGGAUCACUGUCAGAUUGAUGUAGACCUCUGCAAGGAGCCCAUGAUGUGCAUCAAUUCACUGUCUUGUAUAGACAAAGGUCAAAGUGUUGAGUGCACUUGUAAAGCAGGCUUUACAGGUUACAACUGUGCAGUUAAUAUCAAUGACUGUCUCUCACAUCCCUGUAAGAAUGGUGGCACUUGUAGAGACAAAGUAAAUGAUUUUGAGUGUAUCUGCCCUGAUGGGUUUUCGGGAAAGGCAUGUGAAGUGAACGUCAAUGACUGUCUCUCACAUCCAUGUAAAAAUGGUGGCACUUGUAGAGACAAAGUAAAUGAUUUUGAGUGUAUCUGCCCUUAUGGGUUUACAGGAAAGGCAUGUGAAGAGUCAACAGAAACAACACCUGCUCCACAAUUUAACCGGCAGUUUACUCUCAAGUUGAUGACUGAAGAUUGCAACCUUCUAAAGGGCUCCCUAGGAGGAACACAUAUCAUUGAGGGAAUAGCAUCCAGCAUGGCAGAAUCCUGCAAAUGUAAUUUUGGCACAGGACACAUAGUAGCUGAAUCUGUGUUGCUUCAUUGUAGACACAGAAUCAGCGCUGAAAUGAGUAUGGAACUCAAACCUGUAAACCAACAUUCAGUUAACAACUUGAUUUGUCAGUUCAAUGAAAGCCUUUAUAUUCAACACAAGAAUGUCAUUGACAUAGGUAACAACACAUAUGAAGUAAGGGUUCUUAGUGAUCUCUCAACAUGUGGUCAUGUUAAUGGCAAGGUCAAUGUUAAAGACACGCAAACAGGGGGAAAAGGAGGUGCCAGUAAUGCAGGAAACAUUGCUGUUACCAUAGGAUCUGUGUGUGCUGCUGUUGGCCUCAUUGUGGCUGCUGUCAUAGUUUGCUUGAAGUGUCGGAGAGCACCUCCUUCAGUCAAGAAACGUCCUUCCAAGGGUGAGAAUGAACUGAUAGAAGACCUGAGUGCUGAUCUACUCUCUGCUGUUGCUCCCACUCCAAAGUCCAUGUAUCGGACAAGUGGCGGCUACCACAACAUGGUUUUCUCUGGGAGAUUUAACCCUGAAAACCCAGUGAAAUCACGGAGAGUGUGAUGUGACCUGUUCAUGUACAAAUGUAUUGUCUGUGUACUUAGAAUGUGUAGUAGAAUGUUUUCACCUGACAUCAAGGCAGCCAUGUUGGUGUUCCCAGACAAUGGAAGUUCUGUCCUUUGGGGGAUGACUUCUUGUUUUUGCAAAAAUGUCUUAUUUGGCAACACCAGUAUGACUGUCAUGACUCGGUUGGAAAUACAGGUUAACCUUGUUGUCAGUCACAAAAUUAAAAUACAAUGUCAAGGCUGAAGGUUCCCAGCCAUGAAAUGCUGGGUGCCAAGUACUUAAGCUUAUAUGAAAAAAGUAAGUUUUUCUAGGUGCCCAGAGGCAAAGGUUAGUCACCUGUGGCACCCAGGCACUUCUAGAGCACAGCCCUGAAUGUCAUCAUUUUAGUCAUACAUGGCAGUAGGUAUGCUGAAAGAUUUUCAAGGAACUCCUUAUUCAACCCAAAAGUGAAUCUUCUGUCAGCCUAAUCUUAUUUAAACAUGUGGAGAUGGUCUCUUUCUCUUCUCUAGUCAUUCAGCUCUAACUGUAAAAUAUUUGACUGGUUGUUUGGGGCAUUUUGUUUAAAAGUUAUAUGUCUUCUUGUUCAACUUGACAUUGCCUCCAUUUAGUAGACGUGGUUUUUGUUUCAUAAGUCUUUCAUGGCAACGGGUUACAGGGAGCAGGGGUGGCACAGUGGUGAGAGUGCUUGGCUCUUGCUUAUGUAGUAUAGAUUAGAAUCUAAAGUCAUAAGUGGGUUGAGUUUGUUGUUAGUUCUCUUUCUUACUCUAAAGGUUUCUCUCUGGUUUUCCUCCUUCACUGAGAACGGCAGAAGAAUAGCCACUCCGUGGAUGUGCCCCUGCUAAUUUUCAUUUUAUAUUGUGCUUAGGUGAACUAUGUUUGUUCAGGCUGUGUUAAGUCAUCCUUGGUAUGGUUGAUUGUGUAGAGUAAGGUAAAGUCUGCUUGUGAGCCAAGUAGCCCACCAGGCAGGUGCUUAUCUCCAAAUCUCCAAUUUCUAUAGCCUGAAGUGACCAGUAGUAUUUUUAUUCCCCCUGGAUAGGAUACUAGUCCAUCACAGGGUUACCCAAGCGUUAAAUUUGUCAUAACCGAUGACAUUUACACACUUGGUGGAGAGAAGAAGCACUGUGAGAGUUAAGAGUCACUGACUGAAAAUAUUGAGAAUGGCUGGCCAGGUUAGAAAAAUCGA